AUGUCCAUCAAGUCUAACAUCAAGUCCUUGAAUGUUCAACACAACAAGGAUGAAUUUUACGUUACAUAUGGCAUAAAUGAUAAGUCAAUGAUUUCAAGAAUUGUGAUGAAUCAAACAGAUCAUGUUCGUAAGCGCUUGACGUGGGAUGGUCACAUGUGGAGGGCGUCUUCAAUGUUGCCAAGUGAUUUAUGCGAUGGGGAAAAGAAUAAAGAUAGUUUUCUCAGACUUAGUAACGUGAAGGCACCAGAAGCUACAAUUUCAUGGGUUAAUGCAAGUAUGAAACUUGGGGAAUGCAAGAACAAAUGCAUGAAAAAUUGCUCCUGCACAGCUUAUGCAAAUGCAGAAAUAAGAAAAGGCAGUGGGUGUGCCAUUUGGGUAGGUGAUCUUCUAGAUAUAAGAAUCAUGCCAAAUGCUGGACAAGAUCUUUAUAUUAGAUUGGCCGUGGCUGAAACAGAAAUCCUCGCUAGAUUCAAAGGAGUGAAAAAUGAAAAUCAACAAGGCUUUGAGCUACCUUUGUUUGACUUUGCCACAACAACAUAUGCAACAAAUCACUUCUCAAAUCACAAUAAGCUUGGCGAAGGUGGUUUUGGGCCUGUAUAUAGGGGAACACUACCAGAUGGACGAGAGAUCGUUGUUAAGAGGCUUUUACAAAAAUCUAGACAAGGAUUAAAAGAAUUUAAGAAUGAGGUUAUGUUAUGUGCGAAACUUCAACAUCGAAAUCUUGUUAAAGUUCUUGGAUGUUGCAUUCAGGAUAAUGAGAAAUUACUUCUGUAUGAAUAUAUGGCCAACAAAAGCUUAGACUUCUUUCUUUUUGGUUAG